GACUCAUACAUGUGAAUGUGGUAAGCAUGACUCCAGAUGGGUGCACGGGCGUGGUGUAUCACGGUAUAUAAGGAAAGUGUUUAGCCACCAAGUUCUGGUUGUAAAAUGAAUUAGUUUUGGACAUUGGACACGAAAAGGAAUUGGACAUGUUGACGGACGCAAAUUACGUGGCCGAGAACACCACAUCCGCGCUCCCAGAAACUGUUCUGAAAGUUCCAGAAACAGCAUCGGCAAAGCCGUUGGAGACUAUGUCAGAGAACGUAGAGAAUAUGGGCAAAAACGUAGAGGCAACGGUGGCGACACUCCCCGUUCCCCCCUCCUCUAUCAAAACACCCCGUCUCCACCUUGUUCGCCUUACCGACACGUCGCAAGGAUCUCAGCACGUCCAGUGGUUUCACGAGAAUUGGUCGGAUCCUGUGGCUACGAGUUGGAGUGUGCACGGUGCCACCAAGUCCCUCGACGACAGCCGCGAAUGGAUGCAACACCUGUUGUCGGAGCUGGACAACUGGUUCUAUGCCAUAUUCCUGCGCGAUGAUAUCAGCACCGACAACGACGACGAGAAAGACGCGCCGAUAAACGCCUGCGCGACUUCUAACAAGCGCGAGCCAGUUGAAAACCCAGAAGAUAGGCAAAAGACAGACAGCGAAUCUCUCCGCCCAGGAACCCUAAUUGGCAGCGUCUCCCUCCGCCGCCCUCCCGAACCCGAACUCCUACCCCCUCUCACCUUCGAAGGAGCCAGUGCAGUCGGUCACGGCGCCCCCCUCAACGCCGCCGAGAUACAGACCCGCACUGAGGACUUGCAGGACGUGGAUCUGCACCUCCGAACGCUGGGGUACGCGCUCUUUGCGCAGGCGUAUGGGAGGGGGUAUGCGACGGAGGCGUGUCGGGGAUUACUGGACGAGUAUAGGGGAGUUGUGCAAGAGUGGAGGAGUAAGGUUGUGAGUGAAGCGGUGGGACAGGAACGAAAGGGGCUGUUCUAUGUGGAGGCCGGUGUAGAUAUAGAAAAUCCGGCGAGCCAGAGUGUGCUGAGGAAGUUGGGUUUCAAGACUGUGGGCAUGAAGGUUUUUGAAGGAAAGGUUUGGUUAGCUGGGGGAUGGAGGGGACCGGGGUGGUGGAUUACAGGUAUGUAUAUGUAA